ACAAUUUAUCUAUAUAUGCAAUAUUUUCUUUCGUAGUUUCCCAUAUUUUGAACCUAUCAGACGUCUCGUAAUAAAAAGAGGAAGUGGCGACGAGCGUGUUUUGUGCUCUGCUGUAAAGCGCGUAAUAGGGGCGCAAGACGUUUUUGAAACGCGGCUCGCUGAACGACGGAUGAAAGAACGACGACUCACUUGACCGCAGUCCAGUCUCGCUUCGCCAAAGUAACGAGGGAACGCUGAGGAGGAUCUUUGUGGAGUCUUCGGACAUGUUCGAGGAGAGAAGAGUAAAUAGGAUUCACAUAACGUCGUCAGAUAAGCCGUCGCAGAUCCCGUGUGUUAAUUUGUGUCGUGACAGGCGCAUCAUCCUUAUCCUUCCGUAAAGCAGUUUUUCUCUUCGGUUUGUGAGUAUACAUUUUUUCAGUUGGAGGCGCUCCAACUAGUUAUUAUAUUGUAAAUUCAGAAAUGUGCUAUAUAAUAGUUAGUGUAGCAAUAGUAAUUGUAGCAUCUGAGGAUGUUGGUUUAUUGUGUUGACACAGGAAACAGUUUUGUACAUGGAAAUUACGAGUUGUUGCAGGGUCAGUGAAUGGGCCACAAAGGUAACUGUUUUCAACCGUCUUUGAACGCACGACAAGAACGAGGUGCGCUCGAAAGCGAAAAAGGUGGACACGGCGGAGAACUUAAAAUAGUACACGGGGAGAGACGUAAAGGGAGGAAGAGGCAAAUUACGGCGACGGUAUUUUUUGUUUUGGUUUGUUUAGCUCCGGUCAAAGUGGCAACGAGGUGAAGUUUAUUUUUUAAAUUAUAAGUUUAAAAUAUUUUGUGUCUGCUAAGCUAGCUUAAUUGUUGUUGUGUUUCAUUUAUUGUAUUGUUGUUGUUUUUAUGCCUAGCUCUUACGGCAGGUUUGAGGUGACCUCCACAAUAAAGAAAGGCUUCAGACCACCAGUAAAGCUUGAAUUUUUUUUGACUGGACGCUACAGUAAUAAAUGGUUGUAAAUCUUCCACAAAACCAAAUGCUGUUAUUGGAACCAUAUGAAACUGCCUGGAACCCUGUAACGUCUCUGCUUUGUUUUUUUUUCUUUUCAUUCUCUUUAGCCUCUUCCUGUCAGAACUGUCAGACAUCAAUAAGUAAAGGCUUCGAAAGAAGCUAAAGCAGGCAGGGACUGGUGCAGCAGCUUAAAUGUAGGUGAGCAGGAACGGCGGGAGAAAAUGCAGCAGAAAACUACUGUAAAGGCCUGAGGCACGAGCAGAACACAGGGGAUUUCCACACAUAGAAGAACUAAGUUCCUCAGCAUCGCCCACCUGUUAGUCAUCAUACGAUUAUUUGAGAUCUGGUGCCAUCGUGGAGUUUGCAUUCAGAGUGUAGAGCUGCUGAACUCAGCGACCUGGACCUAAGUGGACCAAUAUAACCUUAAAAUGAACGUCAGAGACCAGUCCAUGAGCGGAGACAACUCUGGUCACACAGAUCAACAGAACCAUAUUGGAAGAGAGGUUUCAAGGCUACAUCUCUCUCACCAAUAUAACCAAGCCUUCACUAGACCUUCACAGUUAAAGCUUUGUCAGGAAGUUCAUUCUGGAGAGAGCCUAUACAGUUGUGACCAGUGUGUCAAAGCUUUUGCUACAAAACGUAACCUAAAGACCCAUCAGCAAAUUCAUACAAGGGCAAAACUGUACACCUGCAACAAAUGUGGAGCAAGUUUCCACAGUUCACAGGCUUUUAAACUCCAUCAACAUGUUCACAGUGGAGAGAAGCAUCACUCCUGUGACCAGUGUGGAAAAAUGUUCUCUACAUCCUCCAAGCUAAAAAGGCACCAACGCAUUCACACUGGAGAAAAACCUUAUUCAUGCGAAAGCUGUGAAAAAACAUUCUCUACAUCCUCCAAGCUAAAAAGGCACCAAAGCAUUCACACUGGAGAAAAACCUCAUAGGUGUGAUCAGUGUCAAAUAUCUUUUACUACGUCUUGGAACCUAAAACAACACCUGCGGAUUCACACAGGAGAGAAACCUUACAGGUGUGAUCAGUGUGGGAAAAGGUUCUCUCAGUCCGGCUACUUGAACAUGCACCGGAAUAUUCACACAAGAGAAAGACUUUAUUCAUGUGAAAUCUGUGAAAAAACGUUCCACCAUAUCACCAGCCUGAAUGUUCACCAACGAAGUCACACUGGAGAAAAACCCUAUUCAUGUGAAAGCUGUGGAAAAGCAUUCUCUACAUCUUCAACGCUAAAACUUCACCAACGCAUUCACACUGGAGAAAAACCUUAUUCGUGUGAAAGCUGUGAAAAAGCAUUCUCUACAUUCUCAGCGCUAAAACUUCACCAACGCAAUCACACUGGAGAAAAACCUUAUUCGUGUGAAAGCUGUGGAAAAACGUUCUCUACGUCCUCAAAGCUAAACAAUCACCAACGUGUUCACACUGGAGAAAAACCUUAUUCAUGUGAAAGCUGUGGAAAAACGUUCUCUACAUCCUCAGCGCUAAAAAGGCACCAACGCAUUCACACUGGAGAAAAACCUCAUAGGUGUGAUCAGUGUCAAAUAUCUUUCAUUACGUAUUGGAGCCUAAAAGAACACUUGCGGACUCACACUGGAGAGAAACCUUACAGGUGUGAUCAGUGUGGGAAAAGGUUCUCUCAGUCCGGCUACUUGAACAGGCACCGGAAUAUUCACACAAGAGAAAGACUUUAUUCAUGUGAAAGCUGUGAAAAAACUUUCCCUCAUCUCACCAGCCUGAAUGCUCACCAGCGGAUUCACACCGGAGAAAAACCUUAUUCAUGUGACCAGUGUGGAACAGCGUUCUUUACAUCCUCAGCGCUAAAACUGCACCAACGUGUUCACACAGGAGAAAUCUUAUAGGUUUGAUCAGGGUGGAAAUACAUUGUCUUGUCUCUUCAGCCUCAAAUCUCACCAGCACAUUCACAUUUAGCAGAACCUUCUUUCUGCAGAAAAACCCUGUGUCCAGCAGCGCAGCAUUAGCUGUGUCUUUCUAUAGACAAAACUUGGCUGUAGAAGGGAAUUCAUUCAUCUUAAAUGAAGACAACAUACUUUAUGCAAACAGGACAAAAGCUUUAUGGGUGUGAAUAAGAAGGGUUUCCCCAGAUUUAGUUGCCUGCAAGGACCCUGGCUAACUCACACUUUGGAUGAGUAACUCAAUAGUUAGGUAGAUAGUACAGAGGACAUUGAUUGUGUUGGAGAAAAUAUAUUUUCAUCUAUUAUUCAUCUCAUUUAUACAUUUACCAUUUAUGGUUUGCAUUUGCUGUGCCUUAUAACCACAUUGACAGUUGCACAAACUUCUAACCACAUGCUUAAGUUCUUAUACAAGUAUUGUCAUAUACGCAGGACAACUUUGUCACAUUUGCUUUGUGCUCCUAUUCAGGCGUAGGUGUUCAAAACCACAACAUUCUGAAUUAAAGAUUUCAUCCAAAUGGCUUCUUGGCAUUACUAAAAUCAUAGUACUAGAUAGGUAGUUACUCAGUGAUUCCUCAUGACUAAGACCAGACAAUAUACAGAUGUUUUUCAUCUGAUCUUCCCACAGACACACCCCAGUCAGACAUUUGAACACCAGCACGCAGUGACGACCUCUGUUUAAAUAGAAGCUCUAUUGUCUCUGUAAACUCUGGGUGUUGUGAGUAUAAACUGAAUCCUCUUAACUGUUUGUCUGAACACUCAAACAUCCCUUAGUACAGUGUGAGUUCUUCAAAAAGGCAGGUGAAGGGAAUAAUGAAAGAGGCCCUGGAGGAGGGCUGAGGUCAGGGGAGCUCACCCUGUAACCCACAGCACUGGCCACAGAACCAGAAUGACCCUUGGGAGCCCCCUCUUCCGGCUGAGACGGAGACAGAGUCUUCAUCUUCAGCAGGCGCUCUACUGGAGGACACACAGGACCAUUGACAGGUGGUACCAGUGUUUUGCUUGGUGCCUUCUCUGAAACAUUCAUUUUGCUGCAUCUUGGACAUUGGAGUGACAAAAUUUGCAAGCCACCUGAAUUAUAGUUUACUGUGGCUGACUUGACACGUGCCGUUCCACUAGGACACACCUAAAGAUACACUAAAGGAUGAGGUAAUAGUAUGAGGAAAGGAUGCAUAAAGGAUACCUUUAUGCAGAAAAAAAACAUUCCUCAACAAAGUGUUAUUUUAGCAGGUCAGGUAAUUACUGCAUAAGAAAUAAUUAUUACUAUAUAUUUUUAAUUAUUUACACUAUUUCACAUUCACAGUUCUUUUAUCAAGUUAUUGUACAUUUAUGGUUUUUGCACUGACUCAUUGUUUUGUGAUUGGAGAGUUCAUCUCAGACACAGCCUGCGGGAAGAAGCUCACUCCGUGUCUGGUGGUUCUGGUGGACAAAGCUAGUGGUGCCUACCAGAGGAGAGGAGCUUAAACAGUAUGUGUCCAGGGUGUGUGGAGUCAGCAGUGACACUGAAAGCCGGUUUCCUGAGUCUGACCCGGUACAGAUUUAUGAUGGAAGGAAGGAUCACACAGUGAUGGAGGUGCAGAGGACAGACUGGAUGGUGACAAUGUAGACUAUGGUCAUCAGCUCGUGAGCCAGAUUGAACUUCCUGAGCUGUCUCGGGGGGGUCAGGUGGUUCCUCCUAAUCUCAACCUUUAUCUCCACAGCUCCACAGUGUUGGUGGGCAUGUUUAGAUGUGGUGCUGCCCAGCAUGUAAAAGGGGGAUCCAAGUGCUGCAGGAUGUGCUGCAGUCCCAGGUUUACUGCAUCAUCCACUGACCCGUUUUUCCUAUAGGUGAACUGCAGGGGGUCCUGCAGAGGGUCUGUGAUGCCCUUCAGAUGCCUCAUCACCAGCCUCUCAAAUAUCUUCAUGACCACAGGCGUCAGGGCAACAGGUCUGUAGUCGUUCAGGCUGGUGAUGGUGGACUUCUUUGGCACGACAGUGGACUGUCUGAAGCAGUUGGGCACUGUAGACAGCUGCAGAGACCGGUUGAAGAUCUGAGUGAAGAUCAGCGUUAGAUGGUCAGCACAGACUCUCGGACAGAUCAUCCGGUCCCAUAUCCUAUGAUUUUCUGCCUGCUGACAUCUUCCUUACAGACCUUCAGUGCAGGUAAGGUGGGAGGGUGUGAAUGUUGUGGGGUGUAGGUGAGCCUAUUGUGUGGCCAGGAGUCACCGUGAGUCUCUGUUAUUAUUGUUAUUCAUUUCGGGUUUUAUGUUGUUAAUUUCCUGUUUUCUGACGAUUUCUGAUCCUGUUCCACUUUACCAGUGUGUCAUGUGAUUCAUCAGCUGUUUUCCAAUAGUCAUUAGUUCAGUAUAUAAGCGCCACCACUUACCUUGCUCAUUGCCAGAGUGUCUGUUCAUGUCAUCCUGUAGUCAAGCCAUCCAGCAAUCCUGUAUAAGUCCUUGAUUUUGUCUGUGCCUGUUUUGUCCUAGCCUCUGCCUGUCCUUUGCUGAAGCUGGAUUCUUGUUUUUUGACCACUGCCUUUCCAACCACCCUGCUGCCUGCCGGGUUGCUCAAUAAAUACUUGAUUAAUCUAA